AUGCUGAUCUCCCAGCUGGCAGCAACACACUCGGUCAAGUCAGCGCUGCAAGAAGCAGGGUACCAUAAUACAACUGAGCUGUUGCAGACGGCGGCCUCUGAUCUCAGCGCAGAGCUGAGUAUCCCGCUUUCUCAAGCGGAAGACAUCAUCCGGCAAUGUCGCAAUCCUCCUGGACCUUCCCGGCAAGCAUCUCCUCAUCGGAAUGGCCAUGACGGUCAUGACGCAGCGAGCGCAUCAGCCACAGCAGAGAUCCAGGCCUCCACCGCCGCAGCCCUUCUCGUCCCGCAAUCACUGCCCCGCUUCUCGACCCUUUCUGAGACCCUCGACGCCCUCAUCUCGCAGCACACAUGCGCCGAUGCCGAUGUCACAUCGGAGGAUAGGGCUACGGCAGCUACAGGAGCGAUCACGCCGGGUAUGGCGGUCGAGAUCUCUGGGCCGCCGGGGAUAGGCAAGACAGCCAUAGCCAUCGGCCUUGCUCUCAGCGCGAGAAUGGGGACACGUAAGAGGAGAAAAGACAGUGUGCCGCAAGACCGAGGUGGAGGAGAAGUGUUGAUCAUAGAUACCGAGGGGGCGAUAACACCUGACCGGCUCAGCAAAGCGGCCGAAGCACUAACGAGGAACACGAGCAGCAAGUUCACAGUGGACCUCUCGCCGGUCAAAUUUGCUGUAGCUGACGGCAUAGAUCGCGCACCGCAGCUGCUCGAAGGGAUCCACCUCGUCCGCGUAGCGACCCAGGUGCAGAUGGUUGCGUUUCUCAACUCACUGGACGAGUGGCUCCUAGAGCAUCCCAAAGUCAUUCUAAUCCUCAUCGAUAGCCUGAGCUACCACUUCCGCCAACCAAACUUUGAGCUCAAUGCGCGGCGCCGAGUGAUGGACACUGUCAAACAGCAGAUAGGGAAGGCUACCAUGGUGCAUCAUUGUGCUAUCGUGCUCAUCACGCAAAUGGCAACCAAGCUCUUAUCGUUGGAUGGAAAGCGCUCCAAUUUCGAGACUGGAGAAAAGGCAGUCCUGAUGCCACAGCUUGGCGAGAUGUGGCAGAACGCCAAGACUCUCCGAGUAGUCCUGUUCCGCGGUCCGGACGGGAACGAGGUCCGCUAUGCCCACGUCGGGACCAGCGCGGACAGCGACCCGAACGGGGACUGGGCUUGCUUCGACAUCAGCACCGACGGCUUGCCCAUGGACGUCGAAGACACCAGAUGA